AUGGGCGUAAAGCAGAAGCCAUCGCAAUCUACUCCAACAAACGGCAUCAGUCAAGUGUCCGACAGAGACAGAGAGCGUGAAAAGAAGAGAAGAGCAGCAGAGUCCAAUGUUGGAAAGGAAUUUCAGACAAUUGACUUUAAUUCGAUGGAUAUCUCGGUUCUUCGCAAAUAUGCUCGGGUGCACAAGAUCAAAGCGAAAUCAAAGGCCAGUAAAGAAGAAUUGGCUGCCUCUGUAUCUCGCCAUUUCGCAAACCAAGCAGUAAAGGAAUUGGACACAAUCACCUGCUUCUUAUAUACCGCUCACUACAAGGAUUCCGUAUUAAGGCUUCCGUUACAUAUUUAA